CGUGACAGCCUGGCUCAGGUUUCUCGGGAAAGUGCUCAGCCAGUUAUUAAUAACAGCCCAGCCAGCCUCCCAAGCCACCCAGGAUCAGAUGGUGUUUUUCACAAAAGAGAGAGAUCAUCUCCUUGACUUUGGACUUCGCGUAUCAAACCGCUGAACAAUUGUCUCCAGAUGGGGUAGCAGGUGAGGUGAAAUGCCUGGUCCACGGCUCCAGCACUAAUACCAGCCAGAACCAGGAUCGCAAACCAGUUCCAUCCGGCUCCCAAACCUUGCUGACCCACCAUCUGUGACGAGGCACGUGGUUGUGUUUCCAGGCGAAGUCCACUUUGUCAAGUUUUGAACCAAGGUUGCUAAGAGACCACCUGUACUGAAUGCACUUUGUUCUAGCAAGAGCAGCUGGAGAGAAAACCCAGGAGCAGCAUUACCUACCACUACCCGGGAUUAAGUCAGGGAGCAGGAGCAUUUUGGAUAUGACGUGUAAAAACUGGAUAUUAAUUUCUACUACUAACCCCACAAGUCUGGAAGAUGAAAUUGUGGGAAGACUUCUAAAAAUUUUGUUUGUAAUCUUUGUUGACUUCCUGUCUAUUAUAUAUGUUGUUAUAACUUCUUAGCUGACUUCCCUUACUUUACAUGUGAAUUUCAUAUUGAAUUACAGUGAAUAAAAUUUUGUAAUUUAG